AUGUCCGAAGCUUGUCAGAUAGCCAGGAAACAAGAUUUGCCUCCUCCGGGAGGCUAUAAACCAAUACCUUAUAAAAGAUUACCCGCAAAACAACUAUUCAGUGGGUAUACCAUCUUUGCUGGUUAUAUUGGUAUGACAGUUGGCGCAAUCUAUUUGUAUAAUUUAACUGCCAAGCAGAUCAAAAAGCAUGAAAUUGAGAUGCGAUCUGCAAAAAUGGCUAUAUACCCUAUGCUCUUGGCUGAGAGGGACAGAGAAUAUUUGAAACAAAUCAGAAGAAACCGCGACGCGGAGGCCGAGCUUAUGCGCGAUGUUCCCGGAUGGGAGGUUGGUACUUAUUACGGGGAGCGUGUUUACAAGCUUAUACCCCCUGACACCCUGGUUGAGCCUAUCUUCCAUGAGUACUAUGCCCACAGCAGCCCCAGUGACUGGUACAGAAGAGCCUACAUUAAGCUGCGCUCU